AUGGUACUAGCAGCCCCAGCCAUCGAGUUGAACAACGAUGCUCCUCCCUCAAGUGGAUGCUAUCCAUUACAACAGGUUACUUUCAUCUCUUCAACCGUGCAGCAGGCGGCUGUGACCCUCCCUGGGUCUAUGUUGGAGAUUCGGUGGGGUCACUUCCUGGAUAUCACUGCAGGAAAUAAACAGUGA